GCCAUGACAUCACUGGCCCACAGCAAGUGUUGCGGCUCUUUGGCUUCCGACAGGUAGCGUCGCAGCGCGGGGAGUUGCUCCGCUUUGUUCAAGUAUGUCAGCGACUAGUUAGUCCAGACGGACAACUUUUAAGGGAGCCUUCUAAACUGACGCGGUAGCUCCCAUGGCUCAGACCUGGCCUUUAUCUUGGUGAAUGCGGACGCUCCCGGUAGGCGCUCUCGUACCUUAGGAUGGGGUGACGAUGGCGUGGCACAAGCUGCUGGACGGUACGCCCGAACGAAUAAGCGGCAAGUUGAACAUGGACUUUCUGAAGAGUCUGGUGCCAGGUGGGGCCCAGGUGCCCACUGCUCAGGGGCCUCCUCUCCAGCAGGCCGCCGCCGCCGCCUCGCCGCAGGAAGCCGGCCCUCAACCCAUCCGCAUGAGGAGGAUGGGCCUGUGGGUCAUGGGAGAUACUAUUAUGGAGGAAGACACCACGGUCGACGGUGACCCGGUUGUCACCUCUGCCGCCGUGCCGCUCCGAAAUAGGAAAGCUCACUUCAAAGGAAACAUCCACCGCUUUCGAAAAACCGCCUUCUUACAGCAUGCUCAUCGUGGCCGGGACCGCGAGGCUUCCGCGCCGGUCAGCAGCAACAGCGUGAGUAGAAGGCGCGCCCCCGCCUCGGCGACUCCCCUCCUGUGGGAAAAACACAACCUCGCGGCCAUGUCCAUCAUCACCAUCGACCCCGAGCUCAAGCCGGGGGAGUUUGUCAUCAAGAGCCUGUUCGCCGAGUUCGCCGUGCUGGCCGAGAAGAAGAUCGAGAUGGUGAUGGCCGAACCACUGGAGAAACCUCUUUCCCGGUCCCUCCAGAGAGGGGAGGAUGCACAGUUUGACCAGUUAAUAAGCUCUAUGAGCUCCAUAGCCGAACACUGUUUGCCCUCCCUGCUGCGUACGCUGUUCGACUGGUACCGACGGCAGAGUGGCACCGAAGACGAGUCGUACGAGUACAGGCCUCGUUCCAGCACAAAGUCCAAAGGAGAUGAGCAGCACCGAGAUAAAGACUACCUUCUGGAGAGGAGGGAUUUAGCCAUAGAUUUCAUGUUUUGCCUGGUAUCAGUGGAAGUUCUCAAACGGAUUCCUCUUCAUCCAGUGCCGGACGCUUUAGUACAUGAAGUUCUAAACCUGGCAUUUAAGCACUUUAAACACAAAGAGGGAUACUGUGGCCCCAACACAGGCAACGUGCACAUCAUCGCAGACUUGUACGCAGAGGUCAUUGGAGUUCUCACACAGUCAAAGUUUUUAGCAGUGACAAAAAAGUUCAACACAGAGCUGGACGAGCUCCGGAAAAAAGAGCAGAGUCCCUACAUCGUACAGUGCAUCAUCAGUCUCAUCAUGGGCAUGAAGUUCUUCCGGGUCAAAAUGUACCCCGUGGAGGAUUUCGAGGCGUCCUUUCUGUUCAUGCAGGAGUGUGCCCAAUACUUCCUGGAAGUCAAGGACAAGGACAUAAAACACGCACUAGCUGGCCUUUUUGUGGAGAUCCUCAUCCCAGUUGCGGCCGCGGUGAAAAAUGAAGUCAACGUGCCGUGCCUGAAGAACUUUGUGGAGAAGCUGUACCAGACCACGUUUGACCUUAGCUCCAGAAAGAAGCACUCUUUGGCCUUGUAUCCCUUGGUGACCUGCUUGCUGUGUGUCAGUCAGAAACAGUUCUUCCUCAACAACUGGCAUAUCUUCCUGCAGAACUGCCUCUCACACCUAAAGAUGCCGUCUAACAACAGCAUCCGGAAGCAGAUUGAGACGCUGCAGAACAAAGACCCCAAAAUGUCCCGAGUGGCUCUGGAGUCACUUUACCGGCUGCUGUGGGUGUACAUAAUCAGGAUUAAGUGUGAGAGCAACACUGUCACGCAGAGUCGACUACUCAGCAUUGUUUCAGCACUUUUCCCCAAAGGCUCCCGCAGUGUGGUGCCGCGGGACACGCCCCUCAACAUAUUUGUUAGAAUUAUCCAGUUCAUAGCUCAGGAAAGACUGGACUUUGCCAUGAAGGAGAUCAUCUAUGACCUCCUCUGCGUGGGCAAGUUUCACAAAACUUUCACCAUCAACCCAGAGAGGAUGAAUAUCGGCCUGCGAGCCUUCCUGGUGAUUGCCAACAGCCUGCAGCAAAAGGACAGCGAGCCCCCCAUGCCCACCACCAGCAUCAUCAUGCCCUCUGGGAAUACACUGCGCGUUAAAAAGAUCUUCCUCAACACCACACUCACAGACGAGGAGGCCAAGGUCAUCGGCAUGUCCCUGUACUACCCGCAAGUGAGGAAAGCCUUGGAUAAUAUCCUGAGACACCUGGACAAGGAGGUGGGACGCUCCAUGAGCAUGACCAGCGUCCAAAUGUCCAACAAGGAGCCAGAGGAUAUGAUCACGGGGGAAAGGAAACCAAAGAUCGAUCUCUUCCGCACGUGCGUCGCUGCCAUUCCGAGACUGAUACCAGAUGGCAUGAGCAGACAAGAUCUCAUCGAGCUGCUUGCCAAGCUGACUAUCCAUAUGGACGAGGAGCUCCGCGGCUUAGCCUUCACCUCUCUCCAAGCCCUCAUGGUGGACUUUCCGGAGUGGCGCGAGGACGUGCUGUCGGGCUUUGUCUACUUCAUCAUGCGUGAGGUGACGGAUGUGCACCCCACGCUGCUGGACAACUCGGUCAAGAUGCUCUUGCAGCUCAUCAGUCAGUGGAGGCAGGUGGCGCAGAGCAACAACAGGGGCCAUGAUGUGCAGAGUUCGACCAGCAGCCAUUCUGUUUCUAUGGAGCGCUCAUUGCUUGGUGUGCUCCACGUGGUGGAAGGUUUGGCCAUGGUGGUGCUCUGCAGCUGUCGCCCUGCCACGCGCAGGCUGGGUGUCAAUGUCCUGAAGGAGGUCCGCGCACUGCAUACCGCACUGGGCAUUGGCAAGGGUGAUGAGGAAUUGGCAAUAGAUGUCAUGGAUAGACUGAGUGCAUCAGUGUUGGAGAGCUUCAUUCAUCUCACUGGUGCUGAUCAGACCAACCUGCUGUACUGUCCCAGCGGCAUCGACCUCCAAUCGCUGGCGGAGUGGAGCUCGUCUCCCAUCAGCCACCAGUUUGAUGUAGUGAGCCCAUCACACAUCUGGGUGUUUGCGCAUGUCACGCAGGGCCAGGACCCCUGGGUCAUCAGCUUGUCCAGCUACCUGUGCCAGGAGAACCUGCCCAAGCAUUGCCCGAGCGCUCUCAACUACGCCUGGAUGUUUGCUUACACCCGCCUGCAGCUGCUCUCUCCUCAAGUUGACAUCAAUAGCCCCAUCAAUGCCAAAAAAGUGAACAGCCUGAGCAGCAGCGACUCCUACGUCAGCCUCUGGCGCAAUUACCUGAUCCUCUGCUGCAGCUCGGCUUCCUCGUCCUCGUCCCCCUCAGGCUCCUCCUCGUCCGCCUCAGGCUCCGUCCGCUGUUCCCCGUCCGAGACGCUGGCGUCAACGCCGGACAGCGGCUACAGCUAUGAUUCCAAGAUUGUGGGCACUCCCUCCCCUUCCUCACUGUUCAAACACAUUGUUCCAAUGAUGCGCUCCGAGAACAUGGACAUCACAGAGUCUCUCGUGCUGGGACUUGGCAGGACCAACCCUGUGGCCUUCAGAGAGUUGAUAGAGGAGCUAAAUCCUAUCAUAAAAGAAGCUCUGGAAAGAAGACCUGAAAACAUGAAGCGACGCCGGCGCCGCGACAUCCUCAGGGUCCAGCUGGUCCGGAUUUUUGAGCUCUUGGCUGAUGCUGGCGUCAUCAGUCAGAUAGGUAGUGGGGGCUUAGAUGGUGAGAGUCACUCUCUGAACAGCACGCUGCUAGAGUACGUGGACCUGACCCGACAGCUACUGGAGGCGGAAAACGACAAGGACUCAGAUAUGCUGAAGGACAUCCGUUGUCACUUCAGCGCGCUUGUGGCAAACAUCAUCCAGAAUGUUCCAGUGCACCAGCGCCGGAGCAUCUUCCCACAGCAGUCGCUACGACACAGCCUCUUCAUGCUGUUCAGCCACUGGGCCAGCCCAUUCAGCAUCAUGUUCACACCACUGGACCGCUACAGCGACCGGAACAUGCAGAUCAACCGCCAUCAGUACUGCGCAUUAAAGGCCAUGUCUGCCGUGUUGUGUUGCGGUCCAGUUUCCGACAACGUUGGCCUCUCCUCUGACGGGUACCUCUACAAGUGGCUGGACAACAUCCUGGAUUCCCACGAUAAGAAGGUUCACCAGUUGGGCUGUGAGGCGGUGAUGCUGCUGCUGGAGUUGAACCCGGACCAGAGCAACCUGAUGUUCUGGGCUGUGGACCGCUGCUACACGGGCUCACGCCGCGUGGCCGCCGGCUGCUUCCGGGCCAUCGCCAACGUCUUUCAUAACAGGGAUUAUCAGUUUGACACUGUGGUGCUCCUGAACCUGAUUCUUUUCAAGGCUGCCGACUCCUCCCGUGAAAUAUACGAGGUGGCCAUGCAACUGUUACAGAUCCUGGAACCCAAGUUUUUCCGCUAUGCCCAUAAGUUGGAGAUCCUGCGAUCAGACGGCAUCUUGACGCCGCCCUCACCUCUGCCACACCUCUACUCCGUCUCAUACUACCAGCUAUCCGAGGAGCUGGCCAGGACAUACCCGGAGCUCACACUGCCCAUAUUCUCAGAGGUGAGCCAGCGCAUCCUAACAGCACACCCAGGCGGUCGGCAGGUGAUGUUGCACUACCUCCUGCCCUGGAUGAACAACAUGGAACUGGUAGACUUCAAGCCUGCCACACGGCGCCCGGAGGACGCCGGCAGCAGCGAGGAGGAAGAAGACACGCAGGAUGGGGACAAUAUGAUGGUCAACAGCCGGCGCUGGCUACACGGGGAGGGAUGGGGCUCGCCCCGGGCCACCACCAUGGUGCUCAACAACCUCAUGUUCAUGACGGCCAAGUACGGGGACGAGUUUGCCUGGUCGGAGAUUGAGAACGUGUGGACCACCUUAGCAGACAGCUGGCCAAAGAACCUCAAAAUAAUCCUGCACUUCCUCAUCAGCAUGUCCGGAGUCAACAGCGAGCCCAGCCUCCUGCCCUACGUGAAGCGAGUGGUGGUGUACCUGGGCCGAGACAAGACUAUGCAGCUAUUGGAAGAGCUGAUGAGCGAGCUGGAGUUGACGGAUGCCGUCAGUUCGGCCGUCGCUCACAUGGACAACCCGCCCUACUACCGCAUCAGCUCCAGCUACAAGAUCCCUUCGGUCGCCUCAGGUACGACGUCAAGCAGCAACACAAUGGUGCCAGGACAUGACGGUCAUCAUGAUGGCAAGGUCAAAGAUUCUAACAUGGAGGACAGUUACACGCACCUGGACAUCUACGGCGGUCUGAACACCAACCUGAACCGCCAGCACCACCGCCUGGAGUCUCGUUACAGCAGCAGUUCAGGAGGCUCCUACGAAGAAGAGAAAAGCGACUCCAUGCCACUUUAUGCCAACUGGCGCUUGAAAGUCAUGGAUCACAACCGCCCAGAGCCUCUCCCCUUCCCCCCAACGGGCGGCUGCUGGUCCCCACUGGUGGAUUACCUGCCAGAGACCAACACCCCUGCUGCAGCAUUGCACAGAUGUAACAUCGCCGUCAUCCUACUAACCGACCUCAUUGUGGACCACGGCGUCAAAGUGGAGUGGAGUGCCUAUUUACAUCUCUUGCUGCAUGCCAUUUUUAUAGGGUUUGACCAUCAGCACCCAGAGGUGUACGAGCACUGCAAGCGCCUCCUCCUGCACCUGCUCAUCGUGCAGGGCGCCAACAGCAACGUUCAGGGCGUGGCCAUGGUGCUCCUCCGCAACAGGGAGUUCAACGACCCCAGGGUGCUCACCGUCAAGCCGCCCCCGCCUGAGUUCCACUUCACAGGUAUGCAAGAGUUGCUGCCCGACUGUCAGCCGUCGCCAGUGACGGACUCGGGCCUGAGCUCCAGCUCGACGUCAUCCAGCAUCAGCCUGGGUGCCGGCGGCUCGUCCCUGUCCCACCUGUCCCACACAUCCCCGUCCAUCCUCAGCGAGGUGGACGCCACGGCCGAGAAGGACGAGAAGGUCAAAGCGCUCAUAGAGUUCAUCACCUCCAGGAAGCGUGGACCACUCUGGAACCACGAGGAUGUGUCACCUAAGAAUCCCAACAUCAAAAGCGCUGAGCAGCUGAGCGCCUUCGUCCGACACGUCAUGACCGUAUUCAAUCUUUCCCAGCCUGGUUUUCAGCUCGACUCUCUGCUGAGCGACGUGGCCCUGCAGACGGCGCUCUCGUGCUCUUCUCGCCACUAUGCUGGCCGCUCCUUCCAGAUAUUCCGGGCGCUCAAGCAGCCGCUCACGCCCGCCACCUUGUCCGACAUCCUCUCCAGACUAGUCGAGACUGUGGGGGACCCUGGAGAGGAAGCUCAGGGCUUUGUCAUCGAACUUCUUCUCACCCUGGAGUCUGGCAUCGACACACUGGCGGACACAGUCAAAAACUAUGACCUCCUCACUGCCUUAGUACAGACUUCCUCCUGUGAUCACCUGCUGGGGCCGAAGUUUGCGGCCAACAGGAAGAGCACGGGCCAGCUGAACCUGAGCAGCGGCGGGCUGUUCAACUGCGCGCACAACCGCAGUAACUCUCUGAGAGCCAGCCUGAUGGGCGAGCGCAAGGCAGACCGGCGGCGCAGUAACACCCUGGAUGUGGCCGACCGCCUCGGGGGUAGCCAUGGUAACCUAGCGCGAACGCGCAGCUUAUCAGCGCUGGGUGGCGGCGGCGGGAACCCGGGCUCCGGCGGCGGACCGGGUCGUGACGCUGACCCCCCAGUGGACCCCACCAAACUCAUGGCCACGGUGUUCUGGAUCGCCGCCUCGUUGCUGGAGUCGGACUACGAGUUUGAGUACCUGCUGGCACUGCGGCUGCUCAACAAGCUGCUGGGCCAGCUGCCUCUGGAGCGGGAGGACAACAGGGAGCAUCUUGAGAGGAUCCAGGCCAAGCUGAAAUGGUACAGCUUCCCGGGACUGCUGCAGCUCUUCCUCAAGGGCUUCACGUCCACGGCCACGCAGGACCUCACCAUCCAACUGCUCAGCAAGCUCAUUAGCGUCUCCAGGCACGCGCUUAUUGACCCCUCUCAACUGGCAGGCUUCCCACUGAACAUCCUGUGCCUGCUGCCGCACCUCAUCCAGCACUUUGACAGUCCCACGUCAUUCUGCAAGGAGACAGCAGACAAGAUUGCCAAGCUGUGCGCUGACGACAAGUCGGCCACGCUCUCCAACUUGGCGCACAUGAUGAGCCUGUACAGCACGCACAGCUACUCACGCGACUGCGCCAACUGGAUCAACGUGGUGUGCCGCUACGUGCACGACGCCUUCGCUGACAUCACCCUCAAUCUGGUCACCUACUUGGCUGAGUUGCUGGAGAAGGGCCUUCCCGGCAUGCAGCAGUCCUUGCUGCAGAUCAUCUACAGCCUGCUGAGUCAUAUUGACCUUUCGGCUGCCCCGGUCAAGCAGUUCAACCUGGAGAUAAUGAAGAUCAUAGGCAAAUACGUUCAGAGCCCACACUGGAAGGAGGCGCAGAACAUUCUGAAGCUAGUGGUGUCCCGCUCAGCCAGCCUGGUGGUGCCCGACGACGUGCAACGCUCGUACAGCAGCGAGUCGUGCGGCUCGCCAGAAAUCGCCUUCACGCGCAUAUUCAACAACUCCUCCAAGGAGCUGCCCGGGAAGACACUGGACUUCCACUUUGACAUCUCAGAGACUCCCAUCAUUGGACAUAAGUAUGGCGAUCAGCGCACGGCGGCCGGCAGGAACGGGAAACCACAGAUGAACGCCGUCACCAGGAGUACGUCCUCCACAUCCUCCGGAUCCAAUUCCAACGGACUGGUGCCGGUUAGCUGGAAGAGGCCACAACUCUCUCAGAGAAGAACCAGAGAGAGACUCAUGAAUGUUCUCUGUCUGUGUGGUCCGGAGUCUGGCAUUCCCAAAAAUCCAUCUGUGGUCUUCUCAUCCAGCGAGGACCUGGACUCGGCCGACCAGCAGACCAGCCUGAUCCCGACCGUGGAGGAAGUGGUACAAGAGGAAGAGGCGCAGGCAGAGGAGCUGGGCAGCGAGCAGCAGUUUGGCGUCUUUAAGGACUUUGACUUCUUAGAUAUCGAGCUGGAGGACGCAGAGGAGUUGCAGGGGGAAAGCAUGGACAACUUCAAUUGGGGUGUCCGGCGGCGGUCCCUGGAGAGCAUGGACAAGGGGGACACGCCGUCUCUGCAGGAGUGCCAGUAUGCCAGCAGCACGCCCAGCCUCAACCUCACCAACCACGAGGACACGGACGAGUCGUCCGAGGAGGAGGUACUGAGCGCUAGCCAGAUUCUCAGCCGCUCUGGCCGCCUCAACAGCGACUCGGCCACGGACGACAUGGCGUCCAACCACGUGGACUCUCUGCAGCAGUCGCAGGAGUCGUCGGGCGGCGGCCCACUUGAGGAGGCCUCGGCCCUGGCGCCCCUCCGCCCUCCGGCCCCCUUCCCACGGCCGGAUAGCCCCGUGCUGGAGACGGCCCGCUCAGACAGCACCAGCAGCCAGCUGCCUGAGGAUGGCGUCGGCAUGACGACAGCGGCCGACGAGCUGAGCAGCAGCGUCAGCGAGGACACGGGUUUCGGCAGUGCCCCCCCUCUCCCCCCCGAUCGCCCGGACCUGUGCGAGCUCCCUGACCCACGGGAGACCCCGGAGCCUCAGGAGGACCUGGACCCGGCCCCCCCUCCGCCACCGGCCAUAGACACUCCGCCGGGGUCCCUCUGUGAGGAGGGACCCCAAACAGUCCUGCCUCCGUACACACCGGCGGAAGUGGAGACAAAGCCGGAGCCAGACCUAGACCCAGACCCGGAUCCGGGCAGCAUCUGUGGCUCCAUGUGGGAGGAAGAUGUGACUCAGGCCCUGAAGGUACUGGACGAGCGCUGUGAGGAGGAGGAGGCCGACUACUCCGGCAUGUCGAGCCAAGAUGAAGGUGACGCCGACUGCUUCCCCGAGACCCAGGCCUCGCCACCCCCGUCGCCCUUCCUGUCGGCCAUCCUGGCGGCAUUCCAGCCCGUCGCCUAUGACGAUGAGGAGGAUGCCUGGCGCUGCCACGUCAACCAGAUGCUGUCGGACGUCGAUGGGUCGUCCGCCGUCUACACCUUCCACGUCUUCUCGCAACUCUUUCAGAGCAUUCAGAGGAAAUUCGGCGCCAUCACGCACGCGUCUGUCCACUUCCUCGGUGAGAAGCUCCAGCGUAUGGGCAAUCAAUUCCUCAGCUCCCUGGAGGUCAUGACGUCGCACUCGCAGUGCCCCACCGUGCUGCUGGAUGCCGAGACUCUGGUCUCGUGCGGACUGCUGGAGACGCUCAAGUUUAGCGUGCUGGAGCUUCAGGAGCACCUGGACACUUACAACGCCAAGAGGGAGGCGGCGGAACUUUGGCUGGAGAACUGCAGGAAAACCUUCGGGGACAAACAGAUCUGCCAGCGGCUCAACACUCAAGCACAGCACAUGGAGAGUCUGGCAGAGCUCGAGCUGUGUCGCCGCCUGUACAAGCUGCACUUUCAGCUGCUGCUGCUCUUCCAGGCCUACUGCAAGCUCAUCAGCAGAGUGGACACCAUCAAGAGGGAAGCCGAGGUGACCAACAUGUCGGACGAGCUCAGCGCCCUGGAGAGCUGCCUGAAGGCGGCCGAGAGGGGAAAUGACAGCCAAGAGGACGUGUGCAUGCCGGACGCCGCCCACGCUGACACGGAGACCGCCAUCCAGUCACUGGUCGAGACUCUGAGAGCGCGAGACUUCUGUUCGGCCCUCACCCAAGUCAAAGUCUUCAGGUCUCUGUGGCCUAACGACAUUUUCGGCAGCGACGGCGAGGACGCCGUGCAGACGCUGCUGCACAUCUACUUCCGCCACCAAACGCUGGGCCAAACGGGCUGCCUGGCUGUGGUGGGCCCCAGCCGGGACCUCUCCCAGGCCAGCGGACGCCUCAUGGAGCUCAACCUGCAAAUCCGAGAAGCGCUGAGUCGGGCGCAGACUUCGGGCGUAGGAGCACCGUGAGCAGAAUCAGAGAGAGACUCGGCGCACAAAAGGGCUACAAAAGGAUGUGCGGGAAUAAGAGACACCGUCUUCUUCUCCAGGCCAGAUGGACGCUUGGAGCUAAGACAUUCCUUGACAAAAGUUGCGAAUAUUGGGCUUUCAGGUACAAUUUCUGGAUGACCCUAAAAUCCACUAUAAUCCGUAUUGAACCAAUAUAUGUGCAAGGAUAAUUUAUUUGCCUUUCUGUGAGUCUUCCAGUACCUCUGUCUCAAAAUAGUGGCACUAUAAGCUCAGUAGCCACUUUCCUUUGACAAUCUCCCGUCGGCGGUGGCUUCAAGAUAGGAUAUUCUCAAAGGAAAAUGACUACUGAAUCUGGACUAUCACGGUGUCAUCAUCAGAGAUACUGGAUGAGUCAUAGAAAGGCAGAAGUGAAAUCCUUGGAAAUUUUCAUGGAUUGAACACUGAGGAAUGUUGGUGGCCACCACCUUGUUGGGCGAACAAAAAGAUGUAAGUAGUCGUGAAACAUUGAUAAGCAGUUGAAUUAAGUCUACCUGUAAAGGUUCUACAGCAUUUUAGGUUCAACCCGAAAUUUCAGCCCAAAGUCCGACAUCUCAACCUUUUUUUGAGGAGUGUAUCUUCCCACCACCCCCACCCCCAAAAAAAAACAAAAAAAAAAACAUGCAAGAUUCUGUUUGCAAUAAGUCACACACGUCAGCGUGCCUGGCACAGCGGUAGGAUGAUAGAUUUUGUUUUUAUUUUGUGCUUUUUUGCAGUUUGGGGUUUUUAUUUUCUACCUUGCACGCAAAUCGACAUGUUCAUGAGCAAAAAAAAAAAAAAAAAAAAGCAUGCUCAAAAGAGAUGAAAAGUAGAGUAUUUUUGGGGGGGAGAAAUGUAUUUUUUAUGAUUCAGAGCUGAAACCUCCUCGGUUGUAAAUGUUUGGGAUAUUUAACGCGCGAGCGCCUGUGGGAAAUCCUCAGGGAAGUAAAGUUGUAAAAAGAGAAACGUAUAUAAAGAUAUAAAAUAUAUAUAUCUGCUCCCUUUCAAGGCGUCCUGAAUAGCUAUCAAUCGCCCGUUUAACCAAAUAAGCAGCUGCCUUUAGAGGCUGUGUGAUGCAUAGAUAAGACACACAGCUCAUAAUUUACUCUGUAUAUAUUUUUAGAAAGUCUAAAAAGCAGUCUUUUCGCCCUCCUUCCUUGUACUGUAAAUGCACUGCAGAGGACACCGUGCUCAUGUGAUGAGUCAUUUUCAUAACCCAACCUCUUUUUUUGUUGUUUUCAUGCCACGGUGGGAUGAGCUACCUUUUUUGUUGUGAUGUCACGGCCGAGAGAAGGGGGGAAAGGAGGUAAGGGCUCUACUGUAGCAUCCGUAUCCCACCACACGCAUCCAUUCCCCUCUUCCGGUUCGGAAUCCAAAGAUAAGGAGGGUGACUGUUUCCCGUUUGUCCGCCAAGCAAGCAGAACUCCUCUGCCCUGACGGUCACUGCUUGUCUGGUACAUUCUGAAUGCUGUUUAUUAUUUAAAGAUUUUUUUUUCUUGACCUGGGAGAGCUUUGAUUUUAGGUGUGCAUUGUUUUUUUUUUUGUUCACUCACAUACCAGCCUUCUCUCUGGACGAAUAAAGAUCUAAUCAUACA